AUGGGGCUCCAGGCCUGCUGCGUGUUCUGCGGCGCGCUCCCGAGAAGGAGGAGGAGGAGGAGGAGGAACGACGGGGAGAAUAAGGAGCGGGCGAAGGAUCGGUCGGAGCUUUCGCCGUCGAACUGGAACCUCUUCACAAGGCUGAAGACGCUAGAAGCCGCCACCGAUUGUUUCUCCGACAAGAACCGCCUCGGUCAGGGCGGCUUCGGCCCCGUCUACAAGGUUCAGGCUCCUUCCCUUCUCCUCCAUCCCCAUCCAUUUCUACGAUGAGACCGAUGCUUUGGCACCUUCAACGGCCCCUGGGACGACUUCUGGUUGUGGUUCUAGGGGACACCUCCGUCGCGGGUCAUCUCCGCCGCCUCCUUCGGUUGAUUGACUUGUCGUCUCCGAUGGAGACCGUCAACCACGAUGGCCAGUCGAUCACUGCUGGACUCAGCUCAGAUCCCUUCCGCCGUUCACACUGGCGCCAGGCUUUGAAAGAUGUGGAGUGAAAUGGGCGUUGACGCGGAUCAUGGGCCCCGGGAUCGCAAGUGGGGCUCGUUCGUCUUCCUUGCGUGUUCGGCCGGACCACAAUUAGGUCUAGUCGCUGCCUUUGAAUAGGAUAUUGGUGGGGAGUUUCGGAUCGAUACUGUUUGAUGACUCUUGACCUCGAGGAUUUUCUGUCAUAUUCCUCAGAUCGUCUCUAGGGCCUCUCAUCUCUCCCCGCUGACCAUGGAUGUUGACGAUUCGAUCGUUUCCACUGUUGACGUCUUGCCUGGUGGAUGGAACAGGGGGUGAUGCCAGACGGGCAGCUGAUAGCUGUGAAGAAGCUCUCCUUCAACUCGAGGCAGGGGUUGAAGGAAUUCAUCAACGAGGUGAAGCUCCUGUUGAAGAUUCAGCACAGAAACCUUGUCUCCCUCCUUGGAUGCUGCACUGAAGCAGGCGAGAAGAUGGUCAUCUACGAAUUCUUGCCCAACUGCAGCCUUGACCGCAUCCUCUUCGGUCUGUACCUUCUCUCUCGCUCUCUCUCUUUGUCAUGAGCGCGAGCUCAGUAUUCUCCAAAUUAUGUGUGAGAGACUGCUGCCAAGAUUAUUGUUGCUCUACAUAGUCGCGUGGGAGUGUUCUUCAUUGUGUCUGUAUAGCAUAUUUAAUGACCAGUAAACAUAUUUUUUGAGUAAACUUAGUCUACUCUGCUAGAAAAAUUUGCCUAAUUCUAAUUGGAAACGCCGGCAAGAUUGUCUGGUAUGAGAAGGGGACGAUGAUGGGUUUCAUCUGCAGACAAGUCAAAGAGUUCGAACCUGCUGUGGUCAGAACGUUUUGAGAUCAUCAAGGGGAUAGCAAAGGACCUUCUCUAUCUCCACGAAGAAUCCCCUGUGAAGGUCAUCCACAGGGACAUCAAAGCCAGCAACAUCCUCCUCGACGCGAAGUUGAAUCCCAAGAUCUCAGACUUUGGCCUUGCCAGGCUGUUCGAGAAUGAUGAAACCCAUGUUAGUACAUUCAAGAUUUCUGGUACCUAGUAAGCUCUCUCUCUCUCUCUCUCUCUCUCUCUCUCUCUCUCUCUCUCUCUCUUAUGUACACUGGAUCUUCUCUGCAACCCGUUGGCAAUUUAGUUUUUUUCUUUUAUUCCGUGGUCUCCGUUUCUAGACUCUGACCCUAAUUUUGGAAUGGAGCAGUGGCUAUAUGGCUCCUGAGUACGCAUUCCACGGUUACCUCUCUGUGAAGACGGACGUCUUCAGCUUUGGGGUCUUGGUACUGGAGAUUUUAAGUGGGAGAAGAAACCUUGAUCGCUAGCUCGAUGAAGCUCGGGCCGACCUGCUGAGCUACGUAAGUUCCUCAAUCAAUGUCCAUCAUGAUAUGAACCCAAAACAGUCGGCCGAUCUCUACUACAUAUCCGAUAGAUUCUUAUUUUUCCAUCAUGUCAAGGAAAUUGAGGACUUCUGAAGAGAUCUCAGUCCCCCUCAAUCAAAAUCGGCCAUAUCCCAAUCACGUCAGGGAAUUGAGGAAAUCUUGAAGACGGCCUAGUUCUAAAUCAAUGAUAUGAACCCAAACGGUGGAUCGAUCUCUAUCAUAAACCUGAUAAAUCCCAAGAGGUCCAAGUUCCUCAAAACAGUUGAUCAAUCUCCAGCACAGAUCUGAGAAAUUUCAAAGUUCCUCAAUUUGAAUAUAACCUUAUUUCCCCUCUGUAUAGAGGAAUUAGUCGAUUUCAUAGAGAAUUUUAUUUUGCCUUGUGGUCUACCCUGCUUCUACUUAUCUGCUCUCUUUGAGAUCUCAUGCCUGAGUCUUCGGCAGACAUGGAGGCUGUCGGAGGAGGGGAAGCCACUCGAGAUGAUGGAUCCAAGCUUGGCCGAGUGGGACAGCCAGGAGGCCUCACUGUGCAUUCAGGUGGGCCUCCUCUGCUGCCAGGUGGUGGCAGCCGAUCAGCCCGACAUGGGCUCAGCCGACCUCAUGCUCUUGAGUGAAUUCUCUGCCCUACCGAGGAUCGGGUGGCCCGGAGUUAGGGGCCGGGUGGGCAAGUGGAGGACCACCCCCAGCUCCUCCAUGUCAAAGAUGACGAACACAUCUGGCAUGCCAACCUCGAGCUCUGGAGGGGCCACCUCAAGGGCCAGCACCAUAAUCGAUGGGUACGAGUGGUCGAAGAACUCCAUCUCCAAUUCUUUCAACUCUGAGGGGAGGUGA